AUGAAGUGCAUUUCCGAGGCCGAUGCAAGAUUCUAUGCCUCUGAAGUUGUUGCUGCGUUAGAGUAUUUGCAUUUGAUGGGAUUUAUCUACAGAGAUCUAAAGCCAGAAAACAUCCUUCUGCAUCAGUCGGGACACAUCAUGUUGAGCGAUUUCGACCUGUCCAAACAAACUGACCAUAUCAAGAGACCCGAAUUAGUCUCGUCGCACAAGUCUGCAACCAACCUUCCUCAGCUAGACACGAACGCUUGUAUUAAUGGCUUUAGAACUAACUCGUUUGUUGGCACAGAGGAGUACAUUGCACCCGAGGUCAUUUGGGGUAAAGGCCACACUGCCGCAGUUGAUUGGUGGACCCUGGGAAUAUUCAUUUACGAGAUGAUCUAUGGCAUCACGCCGUUCAAAGGGUCUACUCGAAACCAGACAUUUUCCAACAUUUUGAAAAACGAGGUUCAGUUCCCCGACUACAACUCUGUUUCUAGCAGCUGUCGCAACUUGAUAAAGAAACUCCUCAUCAAGGAUGAGACAAAACGACUGGGUUCACGCAGCGGCGCGUCGGAGAUCAAAACACACGCAUUCUUCAAGAACGUUCAAUGGGCCCUUCUCAGGAACCAGAAACCGCCAAUGAUCCCUGUGUUCACGCAAAAGAAGGGUCGUCGCGACAAGGAGGGGAAGACGACGCAGGGCUCCAUCGGCACGCUCAAGUCGAAGCGCAAGACUUCCUCGUCACCAGCCCAUUCAAGCAACACCCCGGACCCCCCGACAACGUCAGCAGCCGACGGUUCCUGA